GGAGCCUGCGAGCAGCGAGACGCGGCGGGCGCCAUUUCAGGGAGCAGCCGCCGCGGCGAGAACCGGGGCCUAGCCCGGGUUCGGGGAUUGCUCGCCGCGAUCGUGCUGUUCUUUGCCGCUUGCCGCCCUGCGGCUGGCUGAGCGGCGCCGUCUAUCUGCCUUUUAACUGCUUGGAGGGAGCUACCGAGCCCUCGGGCCCAUCCCCCACCGUCAGCGUAGCAAGCGCCGCAGCCGGGAGCUAUCGCUGCUGCUGCCGCCACCGGGCCUCGGACACCUGAACGAGGACAGCAGCUGCCCGCGCCGCAGGUGUCCUGAAAAAAUGGCUGAUGAUAUUGAUAUAGAAGCAAUGCUUGAAGCUCCUUACAAGAAGACUUGCCUAACGAUAUCUCACCUCUACUCCCAUGAAUUCACCUUUGAUUCCAGUGUGAACUGUCAAUCAUAAGGGCGAGAUGUGUGACAGAGGUGGCAUCAAGCUCUUACAACCCUUCAACGAAAAUGAGCGAAGAUCUCGGGAAUGGCAUCGGUCACAGGAAAUGGAUAGUGGCUGGCUGCUAGCGUAGCCGCUGGGGCUUAGGCAGAAAUGUAGCCUUGGUACUGAUCUGAGGGGCACACAAACCUGAAACUUCCUCUUACGUUUUAUAGAAAUAACAUUUAACCACUUGAGUGCUGAAUUCUACAGGAUAACUUACUCUCUAAACCAUGUAAGGAAGUAUCUGCAAUUUAAUAUACACUUUUAAAUGAUGUAAGUUUUGUAUAUCGUAAUUGUAUGACCUAAAUUUAAGCAGCAAAGUGGUUAAACAUGCCUACUUAAAUUAUCUAAAGCAUUCCACAUUAAACUCUAAACAAGUAAUUUAGUAUUAAAAUUUUUGUUUUGUAUUUUCUUAUUCCUAUUCCCAUUACCCUUUGACCACUUGAAAUGUUUCCGCUUCGUCCUCACGAUGUUCUUCUAUCAACCCUGCUUAGGAUGAGAACAAAUUGAGCAGUGCCAAUGGCCACGAAGAACGCAGCAAGAAGUAAAAAAAAGAGCAAGAGCCGAAGUCGAAGCCAUGACAGAAAGAGGAGCAGAAGCAAGGAGCGCAAGCGGAGCCGAGAUCGGGAAAGAAAAAAGAGCAGAAGCCGGGAAAGGAAGCGGAGCAGAAGCAAGGAACGCAGACGCAGCCGUUCCAGGAGUAGAGAUCGCAGAUUCAGAGGCCGCUAUAGAAGUCCCUAUUCUGGUCCCAAAUUCAACAGUGCCAUCAGAGGGAAGAUUGGUCUGCCUCACAGCAUCAAAUUAAGCAGGCGGCGUUCCAGAAGCAAAAGUCCCUUCAGAAAAGACAAGAGCCCUGUUAGAGAACCUAUUGAUAAUCUUACCCCUGAAGAGAGGGAUGCCCGAACAGUAUUCUGCAUGCAGCUAGCUGCAAGAAUUCGACCAAGAGACCUGGAAGAAUUUUUCUCUACAGUAGGGAAAGUUCGUGAUGUGAGGAUGAUUUCUGAUAGAAAUUCCAGACGUUCAAAGGGAAUUGCUUAUGUUGAAUUUGUUGAUGUUAGUUCAGUGCCUCUGGCAAUAGGACUAACUGGACAGAGAGUCUUGGGAGUGCCAAUCAUAGUACAAGCAUCACAGGCAGAGAAAAACAGAGCAGCAGCAAUGGCAAACAAUCUCCAGAAGGGCAGUGCUGGUCCUAUGAGGCUCUAUGUAGGAUCCUUACACUUCAACAUAACUGAAGAUAUGCUUCGAGGAAUUUUUGAGCCAUUUGGCAGGAUUGAAAGUAUCCAGCUGAUGAUGGAUAGUGAAACUGGACGUUCAAAAGGAUACGGAUUUAUUACGUUCUCAGACUCAGAGUGUGCCAAAAAGGCUUUGGAACAACUCAAUGGAUUUGAGCUGGCUGGUAGGCCGAUGAAAGUUGGGCAUGUAACUGAGCGCACUGAUGCUUCCAGUGCUAGCUCAUUUUUGGACAGUGAUGAGUUGGAACGAACUGGAAUUGACUUGGGAACAACUGGUCGCCUUCAGUUGAUGGCAAGACUUGCAGAGGGCACUGGUUUGCAGAUUCCCCCAGCUGCACAGCAGGCUCUGCAGAUGAGUGGGUCGUUGGCAUUUGGGGCUGUGGCAGAUCUGCAAACAAGACUCUCUCAGCAGAAUGAAGUUUUGGCUGCAGCUGCUUCUGUACAACCACUUGCAACACAGUGCUUCCAGCUUUCCAACAUGUUUAAUCCUCAAACUGAAGAAGAAGCUGGCUGGGAUACAGAAAUUAAAGAUGAUGUGAUUGAGGAAUGUAACAAACAUGGAGGAGUUAUCCACAUUUAUGUAGACAAAAACUCAGCUCAGGGCAACGUGUAUGUGAAAUGUCCUUCAAUUGCUGCCGCCAUUGCAGCUGUGAACGCAUUGCAUGGGAGGUGGUUUGCAGGUAAAAUGAUCACAGCAGCGUAUGUACCUCUCCCAACGUACCACAGCCUCUUCCCAGACUCCAUGACUGCAACCCAACUACUGGUUCCCGUUCGACGAUGAAGAUGGAUUUAGUCAGUUUUGUACAUAGUUAUUUUUUGGAGGAAGAUUGAGUUAUCUUUUAUUUAGAUAAAACUAAAGGAAAGGAUUUAAUGUCAUUUUGUGUACACUUCCCGCUACCUUUAAAAAUAAAAUGAAGUAAGCAGAAAUGCAGUGUGUUCAUUCUCCCUAACUAGCAUUUCCACUGUAUACAAAGCUGUUGACUUCUUGUUCUGCCUUGUAAUUCUUGUACAUUUACUAAGGUGAUCUGUAGGAACUGAAAAGUAGCUCAUAGAAAACAAAUUCUCUGUAAAAGGCAGAUGGGACAUCAUUAAGUUUUUAAAUGUUUCACAAGCCUUUCUUUUAAUGCAGCGAUUACAAUUUACAUUUCACUAAAUGUAGGUGAUCUGCUAAAGGUGAAUAUCGGAGGUAGGCUCUGCGAAGGGACGUAUUUAGUGUUGUGUAUAAAUGGAAAUUCAAAAGGCUACUGAAAGCUGACCUGGUCAGCCGCUCAGCCCGCGUUGUGCUGAAUGAGGGGUGAGAAUAGAAGGACGGAAGGGUUUUAUUUCUCGAUGGUAACUUUUGAUUAAUGUUAUCUGUAAAAGUUUCUUUGUAAAUACUGUGUGAGGUGUGUCCACGUUUCCAAACAAAACGAUCUCUGCAUUUCCAGACAAGUUUCUGUGUGUGCAGUGGAGUUGAAGGAUUUCAGCAGUCUGAAAAUGGGCAGGAAAUACAGAAACAUGUUUUGUUCUGGUUGCAUAUAAUCUUUGCUCUUUUUAAGCUCUGUGAGCUCUGAAAUAUAUUUUUGGGUUACUUCAGUGUGUUUGACAAGACAGCUUGAUAUUUCUAUCAAACAAAGACUUUCAUAUUGCAACAAUCUUUGUAAGAACCACUCAAAUAAAAUUCUCUUAAAAAGGCC